AUGUUAGACUACUUCGACCCUCUAAUCAAUAUCUCUUCAACCAAUCCAGGUAAUAAUGCUGACCCUGUUUUAGUUAAAGAAGCGCCGACUUCCGACACACUUGAUUUUAAUUCACAAUCUCUGAGCCUUUCUGGAACGGAGGCAGCUUUGCCAACUAGCAUCGAACCCCAUCUUUUGUGUACUGGUAAAGAGGAUAAUAAAAUGGAAGAGCCUAGCGCUUUGGCAUACGGAACUCUGGCCCGAGGAGUAUGUGGUGAAUCAAACUGGCCGGAAACCCGGAAUCACUCUGCAACUUCAUCUGGCCAAUUUACUAUGUCAACCCUUCCUACCAUACGAUCAACCACAAAACCUGUCGAAUAUUCAGCAAAAUCUGAUUGCCAAACAGAUGCUCGGCCGAUUAAACCCUCUGAGGUCUCUGCUGAGCUUGAUGGAGGUGUAACUAGGAGGCCCACUAAUCAAGCCAGCCUUCAAUCGUGCUCGCCUAGAUCACUUUGUCUCUCAAAGCUUAUUCCAUCUGCUUUGGGUGAUAAGCAAAUCUCAACUACUUCCAACCGACCACUGCUCCAUACCAAACAAGCAACAUACAUUCCUGCUUCCUCUGAGUCAUCAGGUUCCGGAUCGCCUAAUAGGCAUAGAAAAAAUCGCUCAUCUCAGUUGAACAUCGAUUCAAGUCACCACACUCUUGUACAAAAUGAAUCCAUAGCUGGAAUGAAGAGCAAAGAGAACUGCUCUUUUCAGGUGCAUAAUUAA